AUGACUUACAACUGGGAUGGCAUCGUGUGGACCUACGACAAGACUUGGAUCAACAGGGCGCGUCAUCUCCUUGAGUUUACUACCAAUGUGCAUAUCAGAGAGCGUCAGGAUAAAACACAAUGCUUUGCCAUGACUCUCCAAGAGGAGGUCGCUGUUUCGCAUGUUGCGCAGGGCUGCUGCACACUACACAUCGUCUUGACGCUUCUCCUUGCACCAUCCUUCUCGCAUCACUUUCUCAUCAGAAGAUCUCAGAACACUGACUUGUGUGCAAUACAGUUCGUCUCGUCUCGCGGCAACGAGUACUACUGCGAAAUCGACGAAGAUUACUUGACCGACCGCUUCAACCUGACUGGCCUUAACACGGAAGUCCAAUACUACCAGUAUGCGCUCGAUCUCGUGACCGAUGUGUUUGACAUGGAGGUCGACGACGACAUGCGCGAGCAAAUCGAAAAGAGCGCCAGACAUCUCUACGGUCUCGUGCAUGCGCGCUACGUUGUGACGACUAGAGGUCUCGCAAAGAUGGUAAGCAUUAAUUUUUCAUUGCUUCUCUUCUUAUCGAAUCUACCUGAGCGUCCUUCACGAGCAAAAGAAAAACAUCAUCGACUAACACUCCAUGCAAAAAAGCUCGACAAGUACAAGUCCGGCACCUUUGGCAAAUGCCCCCGCGUCAUCUGCGACCAACAACACCUCUUGCCCAUGGGUCUCCACGACGUCCCCGGCACCUCGACCGUAAAACUCUACUGCGCCAAAUGCGAAGACAUCUACAACCCCAAGUCCUCGCGCCACAACGCCAUCGACGGCGCCUACUUUGGCACCUCCUUCCACAACAUCCUCUUCCAGGUGUACCCUGCCAUGUUGCCCNCCAAAACCCAAAGACGCUAUGAACCACGCAUCUAUGGCUUUAGAGUCCAUGCUGCUGCUGCAUUGAUGAGAUGGCAGGAAGAAAAGAGAGAGGAGAUGAAGGACAGACUCAGAAAGGGAGGUUUGGAGACGGGGUUUGAGGAGGAAGAUGAGGAGCUGGAGGAUGAGGAUAGUGAGGAGGGUGAUGAGAGUAAGGAUGGCAUUGACGAUAUGUUUGAGGCUCCUGCUCCUACCGUGCAGUAG